AUGCUGCUGUCCCUGGUGCUCCACAUGUACUCGAUGCGCUGCGUGCUGCCGGCCGCGGUGCUCCUGGGCACGGCCCCCACCUACGUGCUGGCCUGGGGGGCCUGGCGGCUGCUCUCCGCCUUCCUGCCCUCCCACUUCUACCAGGCGGUGGACGAUCGGCUCUACUGCGUCUAUCAGAGCAUGGUGCUCUUCUUCUUCGAGAACUACACCGGCGUGCAGAUAUUGCUAUAUGGAGAUUUGCCAAAAAAUAAAGAAAACAUAAUAUAUUUAGCAAAUCAUCAAAGCACAGUGGACUGGAUUAUUGCGGAUAUUUUGGCCAUCAGGCAGAAUGCUCUUGGACAUGUACGUUAUGUGCUGAAAGAUGGGUUAAAGUGGCUUCCACUGUAUGGGUGUUAUUUUUCUCAGCAUGGAGGGAUCUACGUAAAGCGCAGUGCCAAGUUUAACGAAACGGAGAUGAGAAAGAAGCUGCGGAGGUACAUGAACGCAGAGACUCCAAUGUAUCUUGUGAUUUUUCCAGAAGGAACAAGGUAUAAUCCAGAACUAACAAAAGUUAUUUCAGCUAGUCAAACAUUUGCUGCUAAAGAAGGCCUUGCAGUAUUAAAACAUGUGCUGACACCAAGAAUAAAGGCAACUCAUGUUGCUUUUGAUUCUUUGAAGAAUUAUUUAGAUGCAAUUUAUGAUGUGACAGUGGCUUUCGAAGGGACUAUUGAUGAUAAAGGGCAGCGGAAAGAAGCACCGUCCAUGGCUGAAUUUCUCUGCAAAGAAUGUCCGAAAAUUCACAUUCACAUUGACCGUAUAGACAGAAAAGAUGUUCCGGAAGAACAAGCACGUAUGAGAAGGUGGCUUCACGAGCGCUUUGAAAUAAAAGAUAAGUUGCUUAUAGAAUUUUAUGAUUCACUGGAUCCAGAAAGAAGAAACAAGUUUCCCGGAGAAAGUGUUAAUUCUAAAUUAAGUCUCAAGAAGACUUUACCGUCAUUACUGAUCCUAAGUGGCUUGACUGCUGGUAUGCUUAUGACCGAGGCUGGAAGGAAACUCUAUGUGAAAACGUGGGUUUAUGGAACCUUAAUCGGCUGCUUGUGGGUUAGUAUUAAAGCGUAAACAAGUAGCCGUGUCCAGGC